AAGAGUGGCCUUUUACAUGUCUAACCCCACAAAAUAAAACUUAAAAAAAUCGUCGUUCCUCCGUGUUGAGGCUGUUGACACGCACGUGCGAAAGAAACAAAGCGAGAAAAAUCAAACCGUCUUCAGUCGAACGAUGAUUGCUUCCAGGUCUCUCUGCCUCCUCAGGAUCAAUCGAGUUAUAAAUUUUACCAAUACGUAUGCAAAACCAGUUCAGAGAAUCUGCUCAGUUCACACUUUGAGCUCUGGUCAGAGGAUGGGUGGUGCAAAAGACAAGGUAGGUGCUCUGGACAGAAACAGAAAACGGAAAACAGUUAAUCCUGUAUGGAGACCAAUAUCUACGCAAGCCAAUUCUGUUGAAGGAUCCUUGGUUAAAGAUGUUACUGUUGAGUCGGAAUAUGGAAAUCAAUAUCAAGAAGUCCAAUGUAGCACUUCAAGCAACCUUUCAAAGGCUCCUAAUGCCAUAGAUGUCACUGAAACUAUAAAAGAAAUAGCCAGUUCAACUCUCAGUUCUGGCUCCCUGCAGGGUAAUACUGAAGUUGGACCUUCGGAAGGAGUGCCCAUACUUUCUGCUGAUAUGCAUACACUUUUGGUUGAGGUGGGAGCGUCUCUUAUUCGAUUUAUUAAGGGAAAAGGGGGGUCUACACAGAGGGAAAUUGAAGCGGAUAUGGGAGUUAAGAUCAUCUUCCCAUCAUCGAAAAAGGACAACUUUGUUACCAUUGAGGGCAUCUCAAUAGAGGGUGUGACUAGAGCUUCAGAAAAGAUACAAGCUAUAAUUGAUGAGGCAGUCAAGAGCCCCAAUCUGGAUUACUCUCACUUUGUCUCUCUUCCAUUGGCAAUACACCCUGAGUUGGUUGAUAAGCUUCUCAGUUUUCAGAAUAUCGUACUUGGAAACAGCAAUGAUUGCCUAGAUGGGAAUCAUGACACUGAUUCUGAUGAAGUUACUUCUGACAAUGAAAAUGAAGGACAACAACUAGAUAAAAGACCUGAUGUUGCGGUUGAACUUAAAGUUCAAAGUGAUCAUGAGCAUGUUAAAGUGGAUCUAACUAGCAUACCUUUUGUUAGUUACCUACCUAAAGCAUCAAAGUCUUCUGUAACUGGGAGAAUCACUGGUAAGCCGACAGAUUUGGGUAUCGACAAAUCCAUAUUCAUUCAACCAAGAACUUUUCACUUAACCGUGCUCAUGUUGAAGCUGUGGAACAAGGACCGGGUUGAUGCAGCAGCUGAGGUUUUGAAGAGUGUCUCCUCAAAGGCGAAGGAUGCAUUGGAUAAUCGGCCUGUUUUUGUUAGGCUUAAGGGUCUGGAUUGCAUGAGGGGCUCUUUGGCAAAAGCACGUGUACUUUAUGCACCUGUGGAAGAAAUUGGCAAUGAGGACCGACUUAUGCGUGCCUGUCAAGUCAUUAUUGAUGCUUUUGUUGAGGCCGGCCUUGUUUUGGAGAAAGUCUCUAAACCGAAGUUGAAGUUGCAUGCUACCGUUAUGAAUGCCAGGCAUAGGAAAGGGAAGAACCGAAAUAAAAAGUUUGAUUCCUUUGAUGCACGAGGCAUUUUCAAGCAGUUUGGAACUGAGGAAUGGGGGGAGUAUCUUAUCCGUGAAGCUCAUCUUUCACAAAGGUUUGUGUUUGAUGAGAGCGGAUAUUAUCACUGCUGUGCAUCAAUACCAUUUCCUGAAAACAUGCAAGUAGACUGAUUAACUUGGAUUGGGACUCUCAGUCCUAUUUUCUCCUGUAGGAAAGAAAUCAACAUGUACUUAUUUAUGCUUACCGUUCCCUGUGGCUUUGCAUAUAUAGUUUCUAAACAGUUAUCAUUUCAGUGCAUCCAGUUUCUUGUCAGCCAUGGUCAUGGCACUGCAUGUGUUAUGGUUGCAGAGCUGUGUGGCUACCAGAUACCAGAUACUCUAGUCUAAGGUUCUUGAUGUCAACAGUUUUGCCCUUCAAUUCCUUUUACUAAUAGUAGUCUAUGGUUCCCUCCCA